GUAUGAAAUAAAAUAAUGUUGAACGAUGAUAGUAAUAUAAUGCAAAAGUGGGAAACAAAAGCAGCCAAAAAGCAAAAGAUGGGUCUGAGAAUAAGACCAUAGGCUGACUACACCAAACAUCUCAUGUUUUGAUGAAAACGAAAAGAGAGAAAGAAAGAAAGAAAAGCAUCAUUAUGCGUUCCUUCCUGUCAUGUCAUGGCAAUUUGUGAAAUGUGUUGUGAAUAAUAAUUGAAUGCUAUAUUUGGUGUGACUGUGUGAGUGUGAGAGAAGAGGAGAGUGUUAUAGUUCCAAAAUAUUCCUCAACAAAACAAUCUUAGCCGUACACAUUAUUCCUUAGUUUAAUUUCACUCUCAACAAAGCUUUUUCUUUUUGUGUUGCUAUUUCUGAAACAUUUUCACAGCUGAGGUAGUAGAAGGAGGAGGAAGAAAAUUAGAAAAAGGAAAAGAGAACUUAAAAAACAAAAAUGGUUUCUGAGAAUUCAUCACUCUCUUCUAAACGCUCUCCAGCCACUACUCCUAAGUUCUGUAACUCAUUCACUACAAGAAUUUUUGCCGACGUUGCCGGUGACAUUACAAUUGUAGUUGAUGGAGAAUCAUUUUUGCUGCAUAAGUUUCCCUUGGUGACUCUAAGUGGCAAGAUCCGAAAAAUGGUUGCUGAUGCCAAGGUUUCAACCGUUUCAAGCUUGGAACUCCUCAAUUUCCCAGGGGGGCACCAAACAUUUGAACUAGCCAUGAAGUUUUGCUAUGGCAUGAAUUUUGAGAUCACUACAUUCAAUGUUACGAGGCUACGUUGCGCUGCUGAGUACCUUGAAAUGACAGAGGAAUACAAAGACCAAAACCUCAUCUCAAGAACAGAAUCUUAUCUGAAAGACAUUGUUUUUCAAGAUCUUCAGAAAUCAGUGGAAGUUUUAUCCACCUGUGAGAUGUUACCACCACUAGUGGAGCAGAUUGAAAUUCCAAGAAGGUGUGUGGAAUCCAUAGCAAUGAAUGCAUGCAAGGAGCAGCUAGCUUCCGGUUUAUCUCGGCUAGAGUGCGACGGCGAGUCCAGAGAGCUAAAGGAGGAUUGUGUCAUUGCAUGGUGGGUCGAGGAUCUAUCGGUCUUGUGUAUCGAUUUCUUCCAGCGAGUUAUAUGCGCCAUGGGGAGAAUGGGAGUUAGAUCAGAGAGCAUCAUGGCUUCACUUAUGCAUUAUGCUCAAUCAUCACUCAAGGGUAUUGGUAAAAGCCAGUUCUUGAAUCCUUCCAGGGCGAAUUCAAGUCCAACAACAAUGGAAUUGGACCAGAGGACUAUUGUGGAAACUCUUGUGAGUCUCAUGCCAGCAGAUAAAAACUCUUCAAUUCCACUGACAUUUAUGUUUGGAAUGUUGAAGAUGGCUAUCAUUUUGGGUGCAGCAAUUCCAUGUAGGCUUGAACUUGAAAGGAGAAUCUCAUUGAGGUUGGAAACCGUUUCGCUCGACGACCUUCUCAUACCGUCUCUGCAGAGUGGAGACUCCUUGUUUGAUGUUGAUACAGUUCACAGGUUGCUGGAGAAUUUCUUGCAGCGGAUUGAGGAGGAAGAAGCUGAUGAUUACGGAUAUGAUUCCGAUGGUUUCGGCUCAACUAGUAGCCAUGGUUCUCUGCUAAAAGUAGGGCAGCUUAUUGAUGCUUAUCUUGCAGAAAUUGCAACCGAUCCUUACUUAAGCAUGCAGAAAUUUGUUGGUUUGAUUGAGAUACUACCUGAGUAUGCUCGUGUAAUUGAUGAUGGCCUUUAUAGAGCUGUGGAUAUUUAUCUCAAGGUACAUUUGCUUUGGACUCAUAAAUGGUCUUCUUUCAUAUCUUCUCUCUCUCUAGAUAUUUGCACUCACAUAUUAUCCAAAUUAUGCCUAUUUUACAUUACAAUUUUCUUUUAUUUAUAAUCUUAAAGAAUAUACCACUAGUAUAUUAAUAGGAAUUAACCGUGUCUAUUGGUUCACUCUUUUGUCUAUUAAAUAUGUAUCCAAAUAAUGAAUUUGUAAUUACAAGAUGAAAAAUACCUUACAUUAUAUCUAAGAAGUCUUAGGUUCAAAUCCUAAAAAUUAUAAAAUCUACUUUUAUUUAUAUAUAUAUAAAGAA